AUGAAUUCAAAAAUUAAAGGAAUAACGGAUGAUAUAACAUCAAUUCCACCAGAAGAACAGAGAUAUUACGCAUUAAAUGCAUUUCCUAAAGUUUUGAAGAUUGGAAGAUUUAAUUUAAAUGAGGAAUUCAUAGAAGGUUUCCUAAAUGACAUAAUGAAGAGGGCGGAUAAGGAAUAUGUGGAUAGUGAGUUAAUGAAGAAGGCAAAUUUGGUUUAUGUUGAUGAAAAAGAUAAUGAAAUUAAAAAAAGGGUUGAAUGGUAUCAUGAAUGGACAUCAAAGAUUUUAAAAACUAAAGCCGAUACAGGAUGGGUUUCAGGAUGUUUAGACCUUAAAGCGGAUAAAACAUAUGUUAACGAUGAGUUAGAGAAGAAGGCAAAUUUGGUUUAUGUUGAUGAAAAAGAUAAUGAAAUUAAAGAAAGGGUUGAAUGGUAUCAUGAAUGGACAUCAAAGAUUUUAAAAACUAAAGCCGAUACAGGAUGGGUUUCAGGAUGUUUAGACCUUAAAGCGGAUAAAACAUAUGUUAACGAUGAGUUAGAGAAGAAGGCGGAUAAAACAUAUGUUAACGAAAUAUACCAAAGUUUGAUAGGAACAAAAAAUAUUGAAACUAUUGUUGGUGAUUUUUCUGUCAAUGAAGAAAAUAAAUAUUUUAGAUGGCAGUUUGUACACUCCUUAAAAAAUGGUACACAGUGUAAACUCAUUCCGAAAAAUAACAAUGAAAUGUAUGUAAGCUAUAAAAAGAAUGAUGGUACACAAGUUAAAGUUCCAUUAGACAACAACUGCUACUUAAACUUAUAUGGAGACGAACAAAAGAAAUAUUUUAGAGUUUAUGAAAUGGCAGAUAUGACAUUGCCUGACCCAGCUCCAGCACCAUAUUAUUAUGACUAUGGAGAUGACGAGAGAACACCACAUGUAGAUGAACAAAAGCUAACAUUAUAUUUAGAUUAUUAUAGAUAUAAAAGAUAUAAUGCAAUAGAAAAAACGAGAAUA